CCAAUUUGAGUGAAAAUACGAGGUCAUUCUAUUGAUGAUUAUCUUGGUUACUGAAUACCACAAGGAGAAAUGUAGGAUACUCAUAUUCUAUUGCUUUCUCCCAUUUGGUAAAAUUACAAGAAAACAAGGUAGAUGGUUUGGGGGGAAAUGGCACCCUAUGUUCUUUAUAUUGGGUAUUAGGACUGCAGCAAACACCUAUUAAUCUCAUUGUUCCCCAGGAUUAUUUGACAGACUGGUUAGAUGUCACCUUCUUCCCCACUAUUCCUUAUGCAUCCCCUUGGAGCUUCGUGCUCGAUCAGUGUUUUGAGAGCAGCUGCACUUUCCUUCUAGAGCCUUUACAUAUGCUUUCAGGAUCCGCUUUUAGGAGAAAUGCAGGGUGGUUGAGCUUCCUUUGCCUCUGUUCUAGUUGUUUCUUCCCAGAACUGUACCACAUUUGUGUUUCAGAAUUGUAAACAAUUUCUUUCUGAUUAGUGAUAAAAAUAAGUCUCAAGCUAAAAUGUUUUAAAGUCUUAUGAGGAAAAAGUAUUAUUAAGACAGUCAUAUAGAAAUACUUAGUCUUAACGUAAUGUUUACAUAGAGUUUAAGUUUACUUUCUGGUUUCAAUAGAACAAGUUGAAAUCAUCGCAGAAGGAUAAAGUUCGUCAGUUUAUGAUCUUCACACAAUCUAGUGAAAAAACAGCAGUGAGUUGUCUGUCUCAAAAUGACUGGAAGUUAGAUGUUGCAACAGAUAAUUUUUUCCAAAAUCCUGAACUUUAUAUACGAGAGAGUGUAAAAGGAUCAUUGGACAGGAAGAAGUUAGAGCAACUAUACAAUAGAUACAAAGAACCUAACAUUGAGCCAGUUGGCAAGAGAAAUGAAGACUUAAGAUGUGACAGCAUAGAAAAACUAAAGGCCCAGAUACCCAAGAUGGAACAAGAAUUGAAAGAACCAGGACGAUUUAAGGAUUUUUACCAGUUUACUUUUAAUUUUGCAAAGAAUCCAGGACAAAAAGGAUUAGAUCUAGAAAUGGCCAUUGCCUACUGGAACUUAGUGCUUAAUGGAAGAUUUAAAUUCUUAGACUUAUGGAAUAAAUUUUUGUUGGAACAUCAUAAACGAUCAAUACCAAAAGAUACUUGGAAUCUUCUUUUAGACUUCAGUACGAUGAUUGCAGAUGACAUGUCUAAUUAUGAUGAAGAAGGAGCAUGGCCUGUUCUAAUUGAUGACUUUGUGGAAUUUGCACGCCCUCAAAUUGCUGGGACAAAAAGUACAACAGUGUAGCACUAAAGGAACCUUCUAGAAUGUACAUAGUCUGUACAAUAAAUACAACGGAAAAUUGCACAGUCAAUUUCUGCUGGCUGGACUGAACUGAAGAUCAAUCCUCACAAUUCAGACUGAGGGUUGAGACAAAACUUUUAAGGAUACAUCUUGGACCAUAUCAUAUUUCAUUCUUCUAAUGGUGGUUUGGGCUUGUCUUCUAGUCUGGGCCGCUCUAAACAUUUAUAAUUCCAACGUUGUGGAUUUCAUCUUAUCUCUGUGGACCAUCCUAGUUUAUUCACCCAUAAGCUUUAUGGUGAUUAUUUUGAGGUUUCCAUUCUUGCAUAAAGCACAAUGCUGUCUUCAUCAGAAAACAGUUUGGCAUAAGAAUUAAACAUAUGAACAUCACAAACAAUUUAUAAAAACUUCUUAAAUAUACGCUUUGGGCUAGUUGCAAAGACUUUGCUGAUAGCACUUCCAAUGAGAGUGAUAUACUUAAGUGUACCGGAUCUGGAAUGGUGUUUUUGUUUGGGGGGAUUUUUUUUUCUGGCAAAUCACAUGUAUUGUUGACAUGAGUAGAGUAUCUGAUGAAAGAAAUGUCAAAAUAACCAACGUGAAAAAUUUUUAGGAUAACUUGGUGCCUACCAGAAAAAUGUAUUGUGUUUCAGACUCUUGAUUUCAAAAAAGGUUCCACAGAACUAGUCUGCACUUAUCUAACCCGUGUUUAUAUAUAGUUGUCCUACAGGGAGCUUUUAUUUAGAAAAUGUCUGCAUAAUGUUAGAUUUCCCCUCCUGUCUACAUUAUGCACUACAUAAUUGGAUUUCAUUAUGCUUUUGAAAUGCUUAUAUGCCUGUUGAAUAAGUUAAACUAUUUAAUUUGUUUUGAAUGUUUUGGAUUGCUACACAAUACAAUCUAAAUUUAGGCAUGAGGGUUUAUUUUUUGGGUUUUUUUGUUUGUUUGUUUUCUUGGUCAUCGUACUAUGGAACACAAAUGAAAUUCUCUUAAUUUAUAAGAAGAUAUAGUAGGAAUUAAAUUUUGAAAAUGGUUGUGAUGAGCCAUGAAGUUCAAUCUUCAUAAUAUAGGUACUACUUUUUCAGACAAAUAGUCCAUUUCUGAUGUCUUCUUAUUUUGUUGAAAUUGUUUUAACUGCUAAUCACUGUGGUUGCCAAAUACUUACUUCAGGAGCAAAGAUUUUCAAACAAGCAUACAUUUGGUGCAAAAUACCAAUCUGGCUUCUAUUUUCAUAAAUUAUUUAGUCUCUUUACUGUUUUGUUUCAUUCAAAUUUGCUCAGUUUUCACAUCAAAGCAAAGGGCUGUCUUGUAUGUCUUAUUAUUAUUAUUAUUAUUAUUACAAGACCCAUGAACUGCUUUCAUGCUGAAAAUGCUUCAUUUCUCUGUUCACUUACUGACAUGUGAAGAAGGAUUUAUUGCUUUCUUAAACAUUUCUGUAAGGCAGGUUAAAAAUGUAAAACUUCAAAUGUUGGAUGACUGUGGUCUUUAAGAGGAAUAGACUUCGCUUGGUAUAUUCAGGCACUCUCUGAGGUCUAGUGUUGAUAUUAAAAAACGAAUGUACUUCAGAAUAGCAGUAUAUUUUAUGCAAAUGUGGAAAUGAUUUUAAGAAACAAUGA